AUGGGAGCUUACAAGUAUCUCGAAGAGCUCUGGAGGAAAAAGCAAAGCGACGUUAUGCGUUUCCUUCUCCGUGUUCGUUCCUGGGAAUACAGACAGCACAAAGCAAUCCAUAGAGUCACCAGACCAUCCCGCCCAGACAAAGCACGCCGUGUUGGCUACAGAUCAAAACAAGGCUACGUGAUCUGGAGAGUCCGUGUCCGCAGAGGAAAUAGACGAAAAUUAGGAGUCAAAGGACAGAUUUAUGGAAAACCAGCCAACCAAGGUGUUCUCCAGAGAAAAUUCUAUAGAUCACUAAAAAGUGUCGCUGAAGAAAGAGUUGGAAAAAUUUGUGGUGGCUUAAGAGUAUUAUACCUUAUUUUAUUGAUAAAAUUAAUAUUAGUAUAAGAAAAGACUUAUUUAUUUAAGGUAAAAAUUUAUUUAUUUAUUGUAUAAAUAGCUAUUGGGUUGCUGAAGAUUCCACUUAUAAGUUCUAUGAAGUCAUUUUGGUAGACCCUAUGCACAAAGCUAUUAGAGGAGAUCCUAAGAUUAAUUGGAUUUGCAAGCCUGUCAUGAAACAUAGAGAAUUGAGAGGACUUACAAGCAUUGGAAGGAAACAUAGAGGACUUAGAAAGAAGGGACAUAAAGCAAACAAGGCUAGAGUUAGUAAACAUGCGAAUUGGAAGAGGAGAAACACCCUAUCACUUAGAAGAUAUAGAUAA